AUGUCUACUUCCACAGCGACCAUCGUCGGAAUGGAAGCGGCCACUUCGAUGCAUACCCGCCUGGAGGGUUAUGACGGCUUCUACAGCGACUCAUUCUUGACCUUACAAGACUUCGAGGUGAGGAAGAAACCAGUAAACAGCUCCAUCAAGGUCAAAGUCGACGCUGUUCCCGAACCUCCUGCCCGUUCUGCCCCUCCUGUUCCUCCUGCUGGAGUCUCCGCCCCGGAAACGAACGUCACCGAUGCAAGUAACGAUACAACGGACGAUGUCGAUUGGGAAAAGUACAACCCACCGGCUGCGCUUACGUCUGCACCGAACGUCACCAGCGAAAUACUUCUUGAAGUCUUGCAGACCUCUAUUGACAACAUAAAGGCUAGGAUCGCUGAGGACAACAAGCGUCGACAGCUCGAAGAGGAAUUAAGAAUACGGGAAGCUGAAGAACUUGCUUCUAAAGAAGCCGAAGGCAAGGCAAAAGAGCCGUAUCUGCCCAUCAUCGUACUUCCGGAAGAAGCCGAGGCUUCCGCUUGCCAAAGCAAAGAGAAUGAUGACGAUAUCAAGUUGUUUCCGGCGUUUAAGAAUAACGGCGAGGGCAGUUCAUCACCAGGACUGAUUGUAUUGCCCAUUCGACCCAAGAAGAGGAGCCGGUUCGCUCUGACGAGAAUCUUGCAAAAGAUGAGUGAAAAGGAGGGAGUCAAGCCUUCGUCCUCGAGGAAUCUGUUUCGAUUUGGCGGAGAUUCUAGCAAAACAAGCAUCGAAACGCCGUCUGACGAAAACAAGACAUCUCAGAGCAAGCAGAACCAUAGUCCUGACGUCGAGUGUGUGUCAUGUCUGGACGACUUUGCGCCAAAAGAGACUGUCAAAGUUGUCUGCCACAGCUACUGCCAUGACUGCUUUGAGCGUCUCAUCGCGACAGCCUGCCAGAACGAACAGCAGUGGCCGCCCAAGUGCUGUCUAAAUGACAUUCCUUUCCGCACCAUUCUGCGUUAUGUGUCCAAGGACCUGGGCAAGACUUACAAGGAGCGCUCUGAUGAGUGGAAGAUUCCCAUUGGUGACCGCCUGUAUUGUAGCCAGCCAGACUGUAGUCUCUGGAUUAAACCGGACCAAGUGAACCCGGGCCUCCGCGUCGCUCGCUGCACCAAUGGCCAUUGGAGCUGCACCAUCUGCCGCGGCCCUCAGCACGAUAAUUCGAAUUGCCCCCAGGACCGAGACAUGGCUCUUACCAACGCACUUGCGGAAGAAGAGGGCUGGCAGCACUGCUCUCAGUGCCAGGCGCUCGUCGAGCACCGAGAAGCGUGCCAGCACAUGACAUGCAGGUGCGGACACCAAUUUUGCUAUGUUUGCGGGCGGAAGUGGAGAUCGUGCAGCUGUACCAUGGACCAGCUUACCGCCAUCAAGGCUGGGGCUGCUACCAGACGGGAACAGAGGAGGCAGAGAGAGCUCGAUGCCGAGGCUGAUCUGCGCGACGCUCUGCGCCAGAUUGAGGAAUUCGAACGCGAGGAGGCGCUGAAGGCGGAACUUCUAAGACAGGAGAUGGAGAGGCAAGAGGAGGAGCGUCGGCAGCGCGAACUUGAGGAGAGAGUGCGAUUGGAAAGUUUGCGGCGGCACGAAGUUGAGAUCAAGUACCAGGAGCUACGAGAGCUGCUUGACCAGCUACAUGAUUUGCAGGAGGUGAUGGUUAGGUACCAGCAUGAUAAGGAGGUGGAGAUCUCGGCACACGAAGCUUCUACCUCAACGGCCGAGCUUCUGGCCAAGCAGGAGGCGGAGCUGGUUGCCUUGGAGGAAAAGGUUACACAGAAAAUGGCUGCCAAGGAACAGACUCUCGCCAGCGAAUAUGGUCGUCGGGUUCUGGAGGAAAAGAACACGGAAGACACGUACCUACGACAGCUGGAGAGCUUCUUUGCUGACAAGCCCUCGAGCGAGGAGCGCAUCAACGAACUGAUGCGUAACUUUCGUAAAAGGAUGGAUAAGGGGUGGCGGGCAUGGAGCAAGUGGCGGGAUGACGAACUCGCCAGAUACAGCCUCAAGGUAGAGGAGGAGCGGACGAUUCGCGAGGAGGUCAUGUAUAGUAUCAAGCAGCGGCAUGAGGAGAAUGUGGAGGAGAGCAAGAAGGAGACUACCAGAAGACAAGCAGCGGAGCUGCAGUGGGUGACGCUUGUGGUCGCUGAGAGGGCGCGGCUGCUGGCCGAGAUGGAGACCACAGAGCUGGACGAUGGAGCAGAAAGCUUCUUCAGUCUCAGCGACGAAGGUGACACGACGGAGGAGACCUCUGCAGGGGCUGCAGCAGCCUCGAGUAGCUCACAAGAGGUCACGCGAGAGAGUUGA